AGAAAACAUAGGCAUAAGAAUAUUGACCUCUCGAGACAGCUUUAUACGUUUGUUGUAGUAGUAAUUGCAAACCGCGUUAUUGUGAAAAACGAAAAAGGUAAGCGAAUUAACGAACGCCACCGUCUCAGGCAGAGGCACUAGUUCUUCUCUCAUGGCCUGGUCUCUCGAGCAAGAUCCCUCAUGGAUCUUCUCCUGGACCUCCUAGGCCGCCUCCUUCCCGCCAAUUUCCUCAUCUCACCUCCUGCGCCAUAAUUCAUCAAAAUUCAAUUCGUUUGGGUUUGUGAUUGUGAUCAUGAGUGAUUUCGACCAUGGGUUGGUUGUCUAACAUUUCCUUCUCUUCUUCCUCCUCGUCGUCCCCUUCUUCGUCGUCGUCGGUGUUCAGAUCAUCGUCCGCCGAGUCGCCAAAACAGAAGGCGAGCGAUGACGGAGGAUGGAUGUUCCGAUCGAGGAGGAAGCUCACGCGACAGAGGAAGCAGCUUUUGAUCAGCGGCGGCGGAGACCAAGACGGUGGAGGUGGAGCCAUGAACAAAUGUCCGAGUUCGCCGUUGCCUGAAAUUGCAUCGUCGCUGGCGACUCCGCAGCCGCUUCCUUUGCCGGAAUUGGCGAAAGAGAGGUGCCGGAAAGAGAGGGGCUCGGGUUGCAAUUCCGGUGAUAUUGGAGACAGUCGAUUGCCGUCUCCCAAGGCCGGUGACGGUGCCGCCUUGAACACUCCGAAUCAGAGUGUGUUUGCUUCCCGAGACACAAGAAAGAAUAAUGACCAUGCAUUCGAGACAAGAUCAAGGUCUAGGAGGAAGAAUCGAGAUAGGAAUGGUUUAGAGAUCUAUCAAAAAGACUUCAGGCUUGAUGUUCCUAUUCGGAGCGCUCCUGCUAGUCCUUUCUCAAGUCCUACACUCAGCCCGCACAGACGCAGUGCUGGUGAUCUGCUCCCUCACAUCAAUCCUAUGGGAAAUCAAGUCUGGUAUACCCCCGAGAUCCCCACUUCCGAUAUGAAUCCCGGGCUCCCUCCCCCUGCCUUCUCAGAUUACUCUAUAGUUAGCAAUGAUAAUUCCCCUGUACACAGUCCUUCAAAUAGAAGUCCCUGCCGAAACCCCAGAAGCCCACCAGGCUCAACAUCACCAUUGCAUACCAAAUUAUCAAUUGAAGUCUCCACAUCCCGGCGCGAGGGUAAUGGUUAUGGUGAAGUCCAUCCAUUGCCUUUGCCUCCUGGAGCAAGCCUUAGCCUACCUUCGCCACAAGCUCUACUCACACCCAAACCAGAGUCCCAGCCAGUCAAAGGACAAUGGAUAAAGGGAAAGCUAAUUGGGCGUGGCACGUUUGGAAGUGUUUAUGUUGCUACCAAUAGAGAAACUGGAGCUUUAUGUGCAAUGAAGGAAGUUGAAUUAUUUCCUGAUGACCCAAAAUCUGCAGAAUGUAUAAAGCAGCUACAGCAGGAAAUCAAAGUUCUCAGCCAGCUGAAGCAUCCUAAUAUUGUGCAGUACUAUGGAAGUGAAAUAGUUGAUGAUCGAUUUUAUAUAUAUCUGGAGUACGUCCAUCCCGGUUCUAUUAACAAAUAUGUCCAUGAACAUUGUGGAGCCAUAACGGAAGCUGUUGUUCGCAGUUUCACUCGCCAUAUACUCUCUGGGUUGGCUUACUUGCACAGCACAAAGACAAUACACAGGGACAUCAAAGGGGCUAAUUUGCUUGUCGAUUCGUGUGGGGUUGUCAAGCUAGCUGACUUUGGAAUGGCAAAACAUCUUUCGGGACACGUAGGGAAUCUUUCUCUGAAGGGAAGUCCAUACUGGAUGGCUCCAGAGCUCAUGCAAGCUGUGAUGCAUAAAGAUAACAACUCUGAUCUGGCUCUUGCUGUUGAUAUAUGGAGUUUGGGUUGCACUAUUAUUGAGAUGUUCACCGGAAAACCUCCUUGGAGUGAGUAUGAAGGGGCUGCAGCCAUGUUUAAAGUUAUGAAAGAUCUUCCACCAAUUCCCGAAACAUUGUCAUCUGAGGGUAAGGAUUUCCUGAGACGCUGCUUUCGAAGAAAUCCUGCAGAGAGGCCAACUGCUGCCAUGUUAUUAGAACAUCGAUUCUUAAAAAACUCUCAGCCGCAGGAUGUCCAGUCUGUCACCCCGUCUGUCACCCAGGCAUCUAAUGGGAUGAAUUACAUGGAUAAACCCCGUCCAGUCGAACUUGAAAGAAAAUAUGAUCAGUCACUGAUGAUUCCGGGCAUACUUGGACCCCAGACCAGUGCAUUCCCAAUUCGGUGAUUGCCAAGUCUUGGAUGCUGACAGAUCCAGCUUCUUGCAAAAUUCUUUUUCUCCAGUAAACUGGCCAACAAUGUCCUUAUGAAACUUCAAAUUUAACAGUGGCCUCAUGUUAACCUUGAGGACCUUCCCGGAUUAUCUUCUCCAUCUCAGUUUGCAAUUCAAAUACCACAUCCCCGCUACCGAAAGCUAUAUUGUUUUCAGAUGACUUGCGGAGAGGGAACGAUAGCUGCCUUUCUGUUCAUAUUUCUGCAGAGAAAGCGGCUUCUGAAUUGUAGGCGUAGCGGAUGAUGCUCUGGUAGGUGAUUCGCAGGCAUAGAGUGUUACCCUUGUAGAUUCUUUCCCUCAUCCUUUUUUGUGGUGUGGAAGUUUAUCUUGCACUGGGACUUUAGAAGCAAUUUUUGUAUGCCACUAACUUAUUUUUGAGCUUCAGCAGAAGAAGUCUUUCGA